AGUGCAAAACGAAGCACUGAAGGUGUCAGUUGGGCUCCCGACGGUUCUACUCUUCAGAUCCCACGACCAAACACAUCUCUCAGCGAUUUUGACGCAAUUUUUAAACGUCAGCAACUUUUGAUCCAAGGGCGUGGCACCGACAUCGACAUCGAGCAUCAGGAUGCUGGCACUGCCUUUGCUGACUUUGGCGGUCCUCGCCAGCUGCGGCUACAACGUGGACGCCUACUCCAAGUACGGCCGUGGAUGCGGGGACAUUGGCUGCCUGCCCACCGAGGAGUGCGUCAUCACCAGCGACUCGUGCAGCUACAACCAGCGGGAUGGCAAGGAGUGCGGCAACUAUCCCACCUGCAAGCGCCGCUCCGGCGGAGGAUCGUCCGCCUCGAACAGCAGCCCCAACUUGGCCGCUCCCUCGGCCAAUCCGUCAGGAUCGAGUCUGGGCCAAGGACCCGAGAACAACAUCUUCGCACCCGCCUCAUCGAACCCCACGCUUAACACCUACACCUACAACCAUCAGCAGGGCGGCGAUGGUGGCGGCGGCGGCGGCGGCGAUGGCGGAAACGGAAAUGGGAAUGGAAACGGAAAUGGUAACGCCGGAAAUGGGGAUCGCGACAAGGGCGGCAAUGCGGGGGCGGCGGGCGCCUCCUCAACGGGCGUCAUCGAUCCGCACUACGUAUUCGGGGCCAAGCACCACAUGCCCGUCAUACCCAACAUGCCCAUCUUCCCGUACAACUCGCCCACGUCGGCGCCCUCGUUCCAGCAGUUCCCCCAACCCAACCAUCCAGGCAGCGUCCUCAAUCCGGGCUAUCCCAUGCACGGCCUGCAGCCGGUGAACCCGUACAAUCCGCCCUUCGUCUUCGGCCAGUUGCCAUUCUAUGGCGGCGGCGGUCCGACCGGCACCGGCGGUCCGCCCGGCGGCAUUGGCGGCGGCGGCGGCGGUGGCGUCGGCGGUAAUGGCGGCGUCGGCGGCGGCGUGGGACUGCCCAGCUCCACGCUGGGCAUCCUUGGCGGCGGCGGCGGCGGCCUGGCGCCCUACGGCAGCAACUUCCAGGGCUAUCAGAGCCAGCACUCCAACGCGAACAUGUACAACAAGCCGCCGCCGCAGUAUCAGAACCAGAAUCAACAGAAUCCCUACAAUCGGCGCACCCAGGCGCAUCCCUCGGCAGCCGGCAGUCUGGGCGGGAUCGGGAUCGGGAAGCCGCUGAUCCUGGUCGCGUGCCUCCUCCUGACCCUCCUGCCACGCACGUAAUAAGCUGAGGCAGCAGCAACACGACGAUCCCCGGCAAAUUAUCCCAUUGAAUGUUAUAGGUUCGAGGCAACACCAUCACGGAAUGAACCCAUUUUCACUGAACCCACACUUUACUAACUAAAAAUCAAACAUUUGGAGAUUCUGAAACCUAGCAGGUGCUUUCAUUUGAGAAAAAAUCCAAAAUCCAAAUUAUAUAUGUACUAAAUAUAUAAGAUCCUCAUUAAAGGGUGAUGAAAAAUCAAAAAAAACUAAAGACCAUAGAUUCAAGUAAUAAAUAAAGAAAGAGAAGGAGGAUUGAAAGCACCUUAAGACUAAAUAUUAGGUGAAAAUGGGAGCUCGCCUGAAGGUUGUACACUCAUUUUUUGUUUUUUUUUAUUUCCCUUAUUCUCCUGAAUUAUUUUCUAUUUUUUUCAAAUAUUUUUAUUUUGCGUAGGCUUAAGAAAAAUGUAAAAGCAGUAAAAGCGGCAGUUGACAAAGCAAUUCAAAACUGUAAGAUUUUAAAGUUAGCCAGCUAGCCUGCAAUUCAUAACUUUAGUUUUUUUUCUGCAAGUUUAGAUGGUUUACAAAAUAUGAAGUCACAAACACAAGUACUUGUUUAAAAAUAUUAUAUUGUGAAUAACCUUAAGCUUUGGAGCUUAAGAAGUCUACAUUUUUUAUGAAAAGUCCAUUUCCAAGUUGUUAAUAUAAAUUGUUAACAAAUUGUAACUCACUUUACAGCUUUUAAUGACUGGCCAACACUUCGUAUACGCAAUUUAUAGGGCUUAUGGCUUAUACGGCGUAUGUGUAUUUUCAAGUACUUAAUAAUUUUUAUUUUAUAUUCUGAGAGAUUUCUAGAGAACUUUUAAUUCCAAGUAUCUUUUUAACACAAUAUCAGAGCUAUUCAAAUAUUUCUUGACUAUUUGAAUAACUGCAUUUGCUUCAUCAAUUGUGUACCGUGCUUUUUUUGCAGUUCUAUCAGAGAACAAAGAAAUGAUUACUUUUCGUAGUUCUCCACAACAAUUUAAGGGUGGUGUUUUAAUUACACUAUAACGUACAAGGCUUUGCUACUCCUCGCUUCACGUGUUUUUUGCCUUUUUUCUCGACAGCCUUUGCUGUCUGGCCAACACUGCGAAUACGUAAUUUCAAUUUAAUAUUGUGUAGAAGAGCGCCGGCGAGAGUGUGUGAAUGUGCGAGUGAGUUCAUUUGUGUGUGUGUAUGUGUGUGUGUUUUCGACUAUCAGUCAAGGGGAACUGCUCGCCGGCUUUUUUGCAGCUCAAUUAAAUUGGAAUUUAAUUUCGGGCUUAGACAGCCAGCCUCUGGUCAAAGGGGGCAAAGGCUAACCACCACACAUGGAUACAAAUUUACACACAGAUACGCACACACACACAGAUACACACUCACACACACACACACAUGCAUGGCUGGUUGGGCAACUUUGAUGUUAAUUUCAUUUUUGUUGAUGUUACGAAUUUGCGGUCAGACGCCGGCGAAUUCAGGGCUUUUUGAUACUGCCACUGAUGCUGCAACUGCUGCUGCAGUCAGAUACAGAUACAGAUACUUAGAUGGAUAGUGUUGUAGAUACAAGAUACGCAUGUCAAUCAAAAUGCAUAAUGAGCUACAUUUGAGGGAAGUGCACCAAGUGCGCUGCGGUCAAAUCAGAUUCGUUUUUUUUUUUGUACGUCUACGAAUAUGAAUAAAUAAUCACUGAAGCAAGUUAAAUGGCAUUUUAAAAACAACAACAACAAAAACAAAAGAAUUAAGCUAGCCUAAGGUGUUCAAAACUAAUCUAAAGUAAAAACUAAAAACUAAGCUGUAAGUGCUGCAGACUCCCGAAAUGACAAAAAACAAAAAAAAAACAAAAAAGAAGAAAACAAAUUGAAAAACUGUCACAGAAAGGCAUUUACAUUGCUAACCAACUGCCAGAAAAAACAAACAACUACAAAAUCGAAAGCCAAAAACCAAAAACCUAAAACAGAAUACAAAUUGUGAAACAUUUUAAACACAUACACUAACACGAAUACACAACAAGGUCCCAGAAAUUCAAAACUGCCCAAGAUAACAUAAAGAUUUUGUCGCUGUAAAUUCCGGAUAAAAAGCACUCAUGUCGAGCAUAUUUACUCCGUCCGUUUGUAUUUGCACACACACACAAACACACACACACACACUUGAUUUGGGACAUCAACUACUGCUAACUUCAUUUGCAAUCUCUGAACCGGAACCAUGUAAACAGUACGACCAGUAUUAACCAAACUGAAAUCAUUUUAUCGAGAUAAGAUACCCAAUACUAACAAUACUCCACAUCAAACUCAUACUCUCAGACGCGGCGAGGAAAUUAACGAGCAAACAAUAAGUAUUCGAGUAUUUACUAAUCAAAACCACGAACUAAAGAGUUGUACAUAGCAUUAAAUAUAUAUAAAUGUGUGUGGACAGAGAUAUAUUUAAUAUACUACAGCGAAGACUUAACUAGAAUAAGCCCGGGCGGACAAACUCAAAGUUGUGUAGAUUUAAAACGGUACGGUUAUUUGUCGAAAACGUAAGCUAAGUUCAUUGAUUGUCCAUUAACCAGUUCUUGCUUUCCUUUUUUUCUCAUUUUUUUUUUUGUUUUUUGGUUAUCUAAUUUGUGUUCUUUGUUUUUUGUGUUUUUACUUUCCAUUCGAAAUCCCCGCUUUUGUGGCUAACCCUCGGCUAAACUGCUUGCCCUGCUUGCA